AUGUGGUGUAACUUGGGGAUAAUCUAUGUCAGAAUUCGAACCUUCAGACACCUUUCGUCCGAUGGUUUCUGUGUCAUUGUAGCCUGGAUACUCCUUCUUUCCUGUGCAAUUAUUUGUCAGAAGAUCAGUAGAGACAUGUAUGAGAUGCUUGGAGUUUUGAACGGAGUUCUCCUUCCCCCGCCGGAAAAAUCUGAAAAGCAUGCCGAGAGAUUUCUACGAGGCUCUGCGGCCGUAUAUGUUCUAUACUGUUGUGCAUUAUGGCUUAUCAAGAUAUCUUUCCUAUUAUUCCUUGGGCGACUCUUGGAGAAUGUGGACUCUUAUGUCUGGCCACGACGUAUUGUAGCCAUGGUUGUGUUUGGAUCUUGGAUGAUAUGUAUCGGAAUAAUUCCCUAUUCAUGUUUGAUACCAAGCUUCGUCAAAAUUUCAGCUACCUGUCAAACCCGAUUCGCAAUCAGGAUGCAACAUUUUGCACUAGGUUUUGGUUGCGGACUGGACGUCUUGACAGAUACAAUGAUCAUGGCGAUUCCAAUCAGUAUGCUUUGGGCUGUACGUUUAAGUCGAAAGCGAAAGCUAGCAUUGGCUGGUUGUCAUAUUAUGAUAUCAAUGAUUUUUGCCAUUGUCCGAGUUGCCAUAGUGAGCUCGCACUCGCACCGCGUGGAGGAGAGUUGGCUCUAUACCUGGAGUUUUGUCGAGAAGACCGUUGCCAUCGUAGUCGCUUGUCUUGCCUCAUUUCGUUCUCUAUUUUCCCGCCAAAAUACCUCUCAGCCAACUCUUCCAGACCCAUAUGAGAGAUACGAAAGUGAAGAAAACAGGCAAAAAAAAAAGAAACGUAUAUUCGAUAUCCAAUUUGGUCUUUUAUCUCGUCUAACAAAUUCUUCUGUAUAUGUGGAUAUCAAUAAAACAACUUCUCGUAGCACUGAAUUGGAAGAUGUAUUGCUCCACCGACAAAAAAUUGAUGUACGACAGGACGUGGAGCUUCAAUGCUCCGAUUCACAGACUCAGGCUACUUAA